UAGUGAGUACUAAGAAGAAUCAAUUUUCCUGGAGAUGGUAAAACCUGGGACGUUUUGUGGAAUCAAAAGUCGUAGAGUGAAGAUUGCGUUCAUUGUGCGAGUGUUGUUUGUGCUAAGCUUAGGUUCUAUUUCGAUACUCAACGCAUUUUUCGGUCCAUCCAAUGGCGAAAGCGUAGCAUCAAUCAAGUCCCGUCCAAAACGGCAUCUUCUGCAAAUUUUGCAAGAUCAGGUGGAAGUGUUUGAGCCGAUAGUAGUGGAGCCAGAAAAUUACACUGAAUUCCCGCCGGAGACAACGGAAACCAGUGUGCUGCACGGAAGAAACUGUACUCCUGCAGCAAUCUUUGAGUUCCCGUCCGAUGGAUUCACCCGUGAGGAGCGCAAACACGGAUGGAUUACGGUGCAUCUGCUGAUUGCGUGCUACUGCUUCUGGUUGUUGGCCAUCGUGUGCGAUGACUAUUUUGUACCGGCAAUCGAAUUGAUGUGCAAAAAGCUCCAGGUGAAAGAAGAUAUUGCGGGUGCGACGUUUAUGGCAGCAGCCUCUUCAAGUCCUGAACUAUUCAUCAACUGCGUGGGAACAUUCAUUACGAAGGGUGACAUUGGAGUAGGAGCUGUGGUAGGAUCGGCUGUGUUUAACAUUCUUGCUGUGCCAGCAGUUUGUGGAUUAUUCGGUGGACAGGUCGUUCAACUACGAUGGUGGCCCGUCACUCGAGACUCGAUGAUGUACGGCAUGGCCGUCAUUGGGCUGAUUACCGUUCUCAACGAUGGCAAAGUAAUGUGGUACGAAGCCACAAUUCUAGUAUCGGCCUACGUUCUAUAUAUUACUGCAAUGAUUUGCAACGACAGUAUUAACCGUUUCAUGUCCCGAACGUUCCGCCGAAAGUCCUGCAUCCGACCGUACACCGAAGUAACGGAGAUCGCUCCAUUGCUGUCGAAUGGGCAAAACAACGGAGCUUCCAAGGGAAGCCAGAACGGACAGAAUGGACACGGGUGUGGCAGUGAAGCCAGCGAAGAUAGCUUCCAGGAUUUCGAACUGGCCUCAACUCCGUGGAGCCGUCGGGAUGAGAACACGUUCGCCUACAUUUGCCGUUGGCCGAUUACGUUUCUUCUGUGGGCUACCAUCCCCGACUGUCGUCGGUAUCCUAAGUUGCGUAUUCUAACUUUCUUCGUUUGCAUCUUCUGGAUCGGUAUUACGUCCUACUUUGUAGCGUUCUUAAUCACCGUUGUAGGUGACACCAUGGAUAUUCCAGAUUCUGUAAUGGGUCUAACCUUCCUGGCUGCCGGUACGAGUGUUCCGGAAGCGGUUUCUAGUAUUAUCGUUACCAACCAGGGUCAUGGUGAAAUGGGUAUUAGUAACUCCAUUGGGUCGAACACUUUCGAUAUUCUUCUCUGCCUUGGGUUGCCAUGGCUUAUCAAAGCUCUAGCUUUCCCAGCCAUUCCCGGCGAAAACUGGGUUGCGUUAAACUCAAGUGGCCUAACCUACUCGGCGAUAUCCCUGCUAUCGACACUCUGUGGGCUUUAUAUCGCAUUCUGGUCCAACAAGUUCAAGCUGGACUGGAAGGUCGGCUUAACGUGUACUUCGAUGUACAUUGCAUUUCUGACUGUGUCCAGUCUGAUUGAGCUGAACGUAUUCUUCAAGGUCAAUCUGCCAACCUGUAUUCAUUAGAAUGAAUUUGCGAGCAACUCGUACUAAACUGUAGAUAGACAAACAAGAUAUUACUGUUCUGCAUGCCUGUGCGCGAUGAGUGUUUCCCGUUAACAUUAUAAGACGACAAAGAACUGUAUUAAAUAUAACAAUCGGUCGGUUACAAUCCGAUAACCAUCGAAAA